CGUGAGGAGAGAGCGAGAGAGAAGAAGCAAAGGAAAAGGAGAGAUAAAGAGCUUCUACUUCAGCAUCAUCUCGAACGAGGGAUCCUUCCGUUUGGGUGCUAGGGGUGUGCAACCCUGGACAAAGGGUCGCACUCAACUUUUUUAAAGUGUGCAAACCACGCAAAGAAGAGAAGACGUUCUCGAGGCGAUGACAGGAUGCCUCCGUCUCGUACAGAACGUGCAUACGAAGGCCCACCAUCCAGGAUCGCCACCAGGAUUGGCCCCACCGUCGCUCUCUUACUGAUCCUUUUCGAACAUCGCCGCGCGACUUGUCUAAUGAGCAAUUCCGUGGAUGAUUGGGUGAGUGGCAGUGCUGUCGUGUGUAACGGCAUUCCGGGAUUGACGAAGGAGCAACGCGAGCUUUGCUACAGAAAUCCCGAUGUUACCGUAACCGCGAUCAAGGGGUUGCAAAUGGCCAUAUCUGAGUGUCAGCAUCAGUUCAUGUGGCACAGGUGGAACUGUUCAUCCCUCACGCCAAGCAGCAGAACUCAACAGAGCAGCGUCCUUCUUCAACGAGGCUACAGAGAAACGGCGUUUGCCUACGCGAUUUCAGCAGCUGGCGUGGCUCAUAACGUGGCUCGUGCCUGCAGCAUGGGUCGCCUGCUCUCCUGCAGCUGCGAUCCUUCGAGUUAUGCGGAUAAAACGCCAACGACGUCCAAUGCCAGAGACGUCCAAUGGAAGUGGGGUGGCUGCUCCCACAAUCUCGAAUACGGCAUAGAAUUCUCGAGACAGUUCCUAGACAUGCGGGAGAAAGCCGGCGACAUACAGUCUACGGUGAAUCUACAUAAUAAUCAAGCUGGUCGUCUAGCAUUGGCGAGCAACAUGCAGAUGCGCUGCAAGUGCCAUGGAAUGUCUGGGUCGUGCGAGUUGAAAACCUGCUGGAAAAUUGUACCGGACUUCCGAGUGAUCGGAAAGACGCUGAAGGACCGUUUCAGAAACGCCGUAUUGGUGACGCAGACCAAUCUAGGCAAGGUGACACCGUCAAACAGAAUCCGAGGAUCGCGUCGGAGGCAGCGACAGAGGAAGCAUCGCGGAGGCGGCCGUAGGAGGAAACUCCGCGAUCUUCCGAAGCAGCUGUAUUACUAUCAAAAAUCGCCAAACUUCUGCGAGCGAGAUUCGACGAUUGACAUCGCCGGCACCGUCGGUCGCCGAUGCAACAAAACCAGCACCGGUGGGGACGGAUGUGCCAGUCUGUGUUGUGGCAGAGGCUACAACGUGGUGCGACAGCGGCGAACGGAGCGUUGCAGCUGCAAAUUCCACUGGUGCUGCUUCGUACAGUGUCAAAAUUGUACGGUGGAGGAGUGGAUUACGGUUUGCAAAUGAAAUGGAAUGAGAAAGCGAGAAAGGGAGUGUCUAAGACUGAUGGAAAUCGACAUCAAUUUUUUUCCUUUUUGUUUCGCGAUCGAAUCGAAGAGGAAAUUAGCUCCGGAGAUUUGCCGAAGAUUUGCACGCAGCGAGGCUAUUUGUGUUCGCAAAAAUCGUAAGUCGAUAGGGUUAAUAAUACGAUUCUUAUUGGAAUCGGGAUUAACAGGUACAAAUUCUUCCUGGACAAUCACGAUAUCGAAAUGGAUCUACUGACCAUCUACUAACAUCGAAUUUCUGCGAACGUAGAAAGAUAAUAAUCCUUGUUAGCAAAAUGAAAUCUGAUUUCUACGAGAAUUAAAGAAUCUUGAAAAAUGCAAUUGUAAUUAUUAAUUCAAUUUUCUACUCGUCGAUGUGUUAUUUGCUUUUUUUUUUAAGCAGUCUUGACACGAUUGCGCUUUUCAUGAGAAUUCUUCAUUCUCAUUAUGAAAAGAGAAAUUUUUACGCAGAAUAUUAUAUAUUAUCGAAAAAUCCAAUCUCGAAUUUCGAUUUUUGAUGUAGAAUAUGACGUAAAACUGACUGAUAUAAAUUAUUACGCUCGAUCAUGGAAAUUAUACUUCGAUUUAUUAAUAAUUUUUAAACGAUUGGAUUGAAUGUAGCGGAAAAGUAUGAAUCAAUCGCGAGAUAUUCAAUCGUGUUAGAAGAAGAUUUGCGCAGACUAUUCCGUAAUGACGCAAGUAUAAUAUAAAAUGGUCCAUAGGCUAAGUAAACUUAUAAUUUAUUUAUAACGCUCUAUUUAAUUAAUAUUUAAUUUUAACUUCUACGUGACACUGUAACACCUCCAGCACAGUAUUAUUAGACAAAACGCGCGUCCUGUUCGAUGGACACAAUUGUACACAAUUUAAUAAUGCGCGUACAAUAAAGAGAGUUCCUUCAUGUUAUCGUAUCAAA